UCAUUUCUCCUUCUCUAUGGCUGCAUUCUUGCAGCCAUUGAAAAAUACUGUGAGAGCUGUGAUUGGUCACAGCUUGUCACAUGGUACAAGGCUGUUGUGACUAGCCUGGUACCAUGUGACCUCUGUGAUCAUUCACAGAUUUCACUAGAAGUAAGCAAUGAUGUCAGCAAGUGACAUCUUGCUUACUACUAUUCAUUGGGAUCCGGACACAGCGGGCACCAUAUCGUGGUGCCGCGUGCUCCCAGGGAGCACGCACAGGCAGGGAAUGUGGAGGCCGUUUAUGA